GCAAGACGUUUUAGUAUUCGUCUAACGGUGUUGUGGUGAGGAUGUAUGUUACUGUAUAAAUGGUUGCAAUAACUUACGGAAGACAUACUUCAAGUAUUUAAAGGUUAUUUGAAUCAAAAGUAUUGCUAGAUGAGUGAAAACUAUUUAACAGUUAUGUAUCUAAAUACUGUUUUUACGUAUGAUCAUUUCGGCGGGUAAAUUUUCGGUACAAAUCAUAAACGUGUUUCAUGUUUUUAACCAAACAAUAACUUUAUGUGUAAUAUGUUAUUAAUUAAACAAUUAUGAAUAUAAAAGUGUGUAUAUCAAUGAUUACACCAAUGAACUUAAUAAUUUAGUGGUUUUGUAAUGAGUUAAAGAGAGUGAUAAAAUGGCUUUAAAUCACGCACUAUGUGCUAUUAUAGCACUAACUAGCAUUCUAUGUUACUAUAACAGUUGUUACUGUGGUUUCGUGUUCGAUGAUAUUAGUGCUAUCAAGGAGAAUCGAGAUUUAAGGCCCCACUCACCUUUAAUUAAUAUAUUUUUCAAUGAUUUCUGGGGAACACCGAUGCACAAGGAACAAAGCCACAAAUCCUUUCGGCCUCUUUGCGUUCUAACGUUUCGUUGGAACUAUUUAUUCUGGCAAUUAGAGCCUAUGGGGUAUCAUCUCGUAAAUAUGCUCCUACAUUCUGUUGUGUGUCUCAUUUAUUUCAGGAUGUGUUCCAUGUUCCUUCCUGAAUUGUCUAGUUUUGUGGCAGCCAUGCUGUUUGCUGUUCAUCCUAUUCAUACAGAAGCGGUCGCAGGCGUUGUAGGAAGAGCAGAGACACUUUCAUCAGUCUUCUUCUUGGCAGCUUUCAUUCUAUAUACCAAAGCGACGCGAAAUAAGAAAUAUACAGGGUGGAAAUAUCUCAUGCUUUCAAUGGUUUCCAUGGCGACGGCGAUGCUCUGUAAAGAGCAAGGGAUUACGGUGGCUGGAGUUUGUGCAGCAUAUGAAAUUUUCGUUGCUCAAAAGGUCCGCCUUCCUGAGCUCAAAUAUAUGUUAAAGACCGCAAUCAUCUCCAAGUCGCCUUACCCAUGGUCUGGAAAAGCUACAAAAAGACUUGCAGUCCUUGCUUCGACGACACUAUGUCUCCUUUUAGCCAGACUCCAGAUAAUGGGAUCCCAAUUGCCGGUUUUUACUAGAUUUGACAACCCCGCAUCAGUUGCGGCGACACCUACGCGGCAAUUAACAUACCACUAUUUAAUUAGUGUUAAUUUGUGGUUACUGUUAUUCCCUUGUGAUUUGUGUUGCGACUGGACUAUGGGCACAAUCCCAUUGGUAGAGUCUUUUUUUGAUAUCAGAAAUCUAGGCACAAUUGCUACCUACGCAUUUUUGAUAGCUGUACUUGUAACAGCUUUCAGUACAGAAAAUAAGCUACAGAGUACUGUGCUAUUAAUGGGAAUUUCACUGAUGGUAUUUCCAUUUAUACCAGCUUCAAAUCUAUUCUUUCCAGUCGGGUUCGUGGUAGCAGAACGUGUUCUCUAUAUGCCUUCAAUGGGUUUUUGUAUGUUAGUUGGAUACGGUUUCCACGUAUUAUCCCAGAGAAGGUAUACCAAACCGGCUUAUUUGCUUCUCUGCUUGUUAUUGGUUUCUCACGGUGGAAAAACCUACCUGAGGAAUUGGGACUGGGAAAACGAACAUUCUAUCUUUAUGAGCGGAUUGAGGGUGAAUCAAAGAAAUGCCAAACUUUUCAAUAAUGUCGGCCAUGCACUUGAGAGCCAAGGUAAUUUUGAAGAGGCUCUUAAAUUUUUUAAGACUGCUGUAAAAGUACAGGAAGACGACGUGGGUGCUCAUAUAAAUGUAGGUCGAACGUACAAUCAUCUCAAGAUGUUUAAAGAGGCCGAAGAGGCGUACUUGAAGGCGAAGUCGCUUCUACCUAAAGCUAAACCAGGCGAAAGCUACCAAGCGAGAAUAGCGCCGAAUCAUUUAAAUGUCUUCUUGAAUCUCGCCAAUUUGAUAUCGAAAAACUCCACGAGGCUGGAAGAAGCGGACAUGCUAUAUAGGCAGGCUAUAAGUAUGAGGGCGGAUUAUACUCAAGCUUAUAUUAAUAGGGGUGAUAUAUUGAUAAAGUUGAAUAGAACCAAAGAGGCACAGGAAGUAUACGAAAGGGCUCUUCUGUACGACAGCAAUAACCCUGAUAUUUACUACAACUUGGGAGUGGUAUUUUUGGAGCAGGGAAAAGCUUCGCAAGCCUUGGCUUACCUGGACAAGGCUCUUGAAUUCGAUCCGGAACACGAACAAGCCCUAUUGAAUUCAGCGAUACUACUACAAGAAUUCGGUCGAGCCGAUUUACGUAAAAUAGCUAGAGAGCGAUUACUAAUUCUUCUUGGUAAAGAUCCUAAUAAUGAGAGAGUACAUUUUAAUCUAGGAAUGCUAGCUAUGGAUGAUAAAAACAUAGAGGAAGCGGAAAAUUGGUUUCGUCGAGCAGUUCACCUUAAAGCCGAUUUUCGAAGCGCAUUGUUUAAUUUGGCUCUACUACUUGCUGAUGACCAGCGACCUCUCGAGGCAGCCCCCUUUCUUAACCAGUUAGUCAAAUAUCAUCCAGAUCAUGUCAAAGGACUGAUACUACUCGGAGAUAUCUACAUAAAUAACAUCAAAGACUUGGAUGCGGCAGAAAAUUGCUACCGACGUAUUCUCGAAUUGGAACCCGAUAAUAUUCAAGGUCUUCACAAUCUUUGUGUUGUUCACGUAGAGCGAGGAAAACUUCUAGAAGCUCAAUCAUGUCUUCAAGAGGCCCACAAACUAGCACCAGGAGAAGAUUAUGUAUUAAGACACCUUCAGAUAGUCCAAAACAGGAUCACUAAGCUUCAUCUCAAUCCGCACGACAUGGGUGAAGCAGAAGAUAAUCCAAAAGAAAAAAGCAAAGUUGUGUCAAAUAAAAGUAUAGACGAAACUGAUAAGAAGACGAAACCUAUGGUAUCUGGAGAUUCUGAAGAACAGAGAUAUAGUAGUAGAGUGGUUAAUACAGAACCAAUGUUUGUUAAAAAUGUGGAUAAUCCAGAUGAUUUCGAGGAUUAUGUACUAAACGAUAAAGGGUUCACGGAAAUUACUGAACAUAAUAAUGUUUGGAAUGAUGUUGGUAAUGAUAAAGAUGAUCCUUCUUCGGGAAUGUCUUAGAAAAUAAUUCGAGAAAGAGUUAAGGCUGGAUUUUUCUACAAAAUAGAAAUGUUUAUGAUGAGAAUGUGUGAAUUGAUGCAACUUUUUCCGAGUUAAUAUAGUAAAAUUGUUUGGGCAAUUAUAAACAAGUUGAUAUAGAUCAAAGGUCAAUUUAUUAAUUAUGGAUUUUUCACAAUUCAAAUAUGAAUAAGUCGGGACUACCACGAAUUCAAACAUUUCACUAAAUGGUUCACAUUAGUUAUCAAAUAUCAUUUUGUUCUUAUGACAUUGGCUCCUAAUACAUAAAUAUUUUAUCGAGGAAAAAGAGUCCCAUGUUACGGCCUUCCCAAAUCGCAUUAUAUAUUCCUAAUAUAAUAAAAAAAACUCUUAGUUCCAUUCUGUUCAAAUUAAAAGUACUAUUCCUCAAGAAACAUUACCAAAAGUUACUUAUAAGUAACACAAGAUGUUAAAUAUCUUCUUCACAUCCAUGCCGCUUAACGUGUCCCUUGAUUGGAUUGAACAGUUAACUGUUCUCCAUAUUUUUUCAGCCCGUUUCAACUUAUUCAUGUAUUUCCUAACAUUUCGCAUAUUUCUUCUCACCCUUUCCACCCUUUUUUUGAUAUGUCAUCACUUGAUACCAAAUGAAGAAAUUCUCCAUUCAUAUUUUCUAAUAUGUAUUGGAAGCUGAGAAUUUUUGUUAUAAAAUUGAUCAGAACAACAUUUAUUAUUGUCCAUCCACAGUUACUUCUCCAGGUUGAUUGUCUUCAACAAGUGCAGUGUGUGGUAAUUAACUUCCGGAAACUAUUAAUAAAAAACAAGCAGCAGAAUAUUUUAUUAUUAACCUUCACAAUAGUCUUUAUUCAACUCUUCUUUGACAUCCUGAAUGCCAAGUCCUUUGAGGUAUGAUUUAAACUAGUGGCUAUAUCAGGAUGAUGGAGUAGGCGAGGAUUCAUUUUUUUGCUAAAAAUUCUAGCAUAAUUGGUGAAAUACCGUCGAUAUGAGUAGUAACGGAAACUUCUUUAUCUACUGAUGAAUGUGCUUCGUUACCACUACACACCAACUGCAAUUUGCAUGUUUUUCAACAGAUUUGAUCAAAAAUAUUAUCACGACACGUUGUUGUAAUGUAAGACACUUAUUUCUUUGAAAAAUUACACACAAAACACAAACCAAAAACUAAAAUAAAGAACCCCUUUGCUAGACACAUAUGGACGAAGUGAAGCAUUGUUGCCAGUUCCUAAGUUUAGACUAAAUCCCGGAGCUUAAUUGCCACACCUCGUAGAUCAUAAAUGUAUUUUUCUGAUUCGAUAUUACAACUAGUUUAGAAAUUCAGUUAAAUUAUAUUUGUACAUCCUCAUAACAAAUUGAUGAUAUUGAAGUUAAAAAUAAAAAAUCGUGUCUAUGAACUUUUAUACGAGCCAUUAGAUGUAGUGUUCAUUCUGUGAUACUCAGAAUAAUCGUUUAUAGUUAUAUUUUAUCCUAAAUAAAUUACAUUCAAAAUUUCGACUCUUCAAAACCAUAGUUUGUUAAAAAGAAAUACCCUAAUGUGACUUAAUGUUCACAAUCACAAUUAUUUUGAUUUCUGUAUCUAAGUUAGUUAUACAAUUUGAUUCACAAUGAUAAUGAUAACAUCAAUUUAUAAUAGAAUGAGCAUAUAUUUUAUUCCAAAUGACUUAUUAGGAUUCUUGAAAAAGAAGUAAUAACACAAUAAUAUUUAUUGGUGAAAACACUGAUCAAAAAUGUAGCAUACAAUAACAUAAGUAUCUUUAAUUACAAGUUCAUGAGCCUAAACACACGGUACAUCGAUAGUUAUUGAAAUUAUAAAAAAUACUAUAUAUGUCACUUCACGCAAUGAGAAGUUAUUGUGAUUGAAACUAAUAAUUAUUAAGAACAGUUGAUAAUAUCUUUUCUUCGCCCCUAAUGUGGUACAAUUUCAAAAAUAUGAAAGGAAAAAUUUUGUUCCUUGCUACCAAAGAAAUCUUCUCAUAAAUUAUUUUUACAAAACUGAGACUACUGAGAACCUAACAAGAAACUGAAAAUAGAAAUAAUUUUCAAUUGAAAUUACAGUAUUGAUAUUUCUCUAAACUAUUAUGUUUAUUAAUUAAUCUCUACCUCAACCAAGGGAUCAACGGCUAAAAUAAAAUGUAAAUUGAAAGCUUGACGUUUCGUUUUUGUUUACGCCGAGUAUUUUCAAAAUUCCAACGCAGUUCAACCCGUGAACAUAGUUUUUUUGUUCAUAAUCCCGACCGCGGAAACCUUUCCGAAAAUAUAUAAGCUGCAAUAGCUCAUAGCUUUGGAGUUUUUAUUUGUAUUGUUAGCUCCACAUUCUUUAGCAAAUUUAUCUAUUGUCUUGGUCUUCCUUUUUUCUUUUGCUCUUUCCAUCUUUCCUCGCUCUUAAUAUCGUCUUAACUAGUCUGUAAUUACUCGUUGUUUCCUUGAUUGAGUGAUUGAUUGUUUGAUCGUAUACUGCUAAGAUUUCUUUGUUAGUUCUUGUACAUAUGACUUGAUCAAAUUGCAUUCCUACAAAAAUUUUCAGUUCAUUUUCAGCCUCUUUCAAUCAUAUCCAUAGUUCAGAGUAGUUGAGCACCGUUAUACGAUUAACUAUUUUAGAAACUAUAGUUUCUGCUAAACUUGAUAAUGUUUUGGAAUCCAGCACUGUUUUUAUAACUGUUGCCGCCCUUUUCCAUUUAUUUUUUCCACCUCUUGAAUUUCUGUAAUUCUGUUUGUAAUUGUUACCCCAGAUAAUCAAUUUGAGUUACCUCUUUAAAACAGUAUUUUUUAGCAUUGUCCACUUUUAUUGAGAAAUGGCUUGUUGAUUUCUGUGAAUACCCUUACAUCAAUAAAUAGUUCUUUUUCUGUUCAUUUAUAUGACGUCCGUGUUAUCUCAUUCUUACUUCUAACCUAGCUUAACGUUGAGCAUAUAUACAUUGGUGUUUCUGUAGAUAAAUAGGAGUUGUAGAUAUAAUAUUUUUCCUCAUAAUAGUUUUUAAUAUCAUGUCAAACAACGACGUCGAGAGUGGUCAUCUUAUCUUAAUCCUCUGUCUAUAUUGAUAUCUUCGGAUAUCAAAACAUUUCCCUGCUCUUAUUUUUUUUCCUAAUGUUAUGCUGACUACUCUGAUGAUCCAAGAUAUUUCUUUGCUAGAAGAGAACUUCAAAAAAAAACAAUUAUUAAUAUGUAUAUAUCAUAAUGACAUCACAAAAGUCAAUACCCUGUAUUUGAUAUGUAUGUGCCAAAUAACUAAUAAUAAUGAUAUUAAUUUCGAAGAGAGAAAUAAGCAGAACAAAUUGAUAUAACAGGAAAAAAUUGUAACUGAAAGGGAAGCUUAUCCAUAUCAUUCAAAAUUCAAUGACAGAAACAUUAUUCGAUUGAAAAAAUGAUUUGCUUCAUAUGGAACAAGUGACAAUUUUUUUCCUAAUUAACAAUUACUUAUUACGAUAGAUAUUUGUAGUUCCAUAUUCUAUUUAAUAGGUAACGAACUCUUCAUAGAUAACCAGAAUAAAAAGGGUUGAAAGUAUGAAUAUGAAGUCCAAGCAAAUUUAUUCAUUCAAAAAAUUGUAAACUUCAGUUAUUCAAUCAAUACCAACUUUUCCUAGAAACCAUUUUAAGUGAAAUUGUCAUUCAGAAUCAAAUUGUAUUGGAAGUGAAUAUAUUUUAAUUAUGUAUAUAUCAUAAAUUCAUAAAUAAUUGUAAGUCAUAACAAAAGUAAGUUCAGUUUGAGCAAAACAAUGUCAAUUAGUACUUUUAUUUUAUAUAAUUUGAUAGAGGCAAACAUUGAAAAUACCGUAGGUUAAUAAAUUGGACAAAAAUAAGUGAAGGAAAUCCAACAACUAAAUGUUUUCAAUGUGCUGAAUACAAAAUGUUAUCCGUUUUUUCCAGUCCAAAUUUUGAGGUAUCGUUUUACCAGUACUUUAUUGUUAUUUUUUAGUAUUUGCACUGCUUUGUUUUCAAGGCCUGAAAUGUACUAGUUCCUUAAUAAUUUGUACUGGUUUGAGAAAAAAAUGAUAAAAUAAUAAUUGUACAGUAAUUAUAUUAAUAAAAUAUUUGACUUUGUAUCAGGGGAUGAAACGUAGAUACAUUUGUGUACAUUUUUUAUUAUUAUAUGCAAAUUAUUUGGUAUACUUUAGAUGCAAUGUAUGAAAAAUUGUAUAUCCCAAAUAAUUUGGAAAUGACUUAAAUUUAUCUAUUAUAUUAUUCACUUGAUAUAUGGCAACGUUAUUUCUAUAAUAUGGACAAACAUAUAUAGUAUCGUCCUGAUUUGAAAUUUUUGAAAACAUGUUCACAUUCGUUUGUUUGAUUUUAGCCACAAAUUAAUUAAUGAACAUAUAUUAUCCUUCUAUGCCAGAUCACAAAUUUAUACUCAAAAUUGGAAUCUAAUUAACCAAAUAUGUAUCUGGAAUUAUACCUGAAUUAACCUUGUUACACUAGGUUAAUUGGAAUUGUAUAUGACCUUCCCCUUUCAUACCUGCUUCAUCCGACUAAUUUUGAAAUCAGGAAAAUCCUUGGUUGUUUUUGAAGACUAAAACAUUCCUAUUUACAAUAAAUUGUACUAUUUUUCCUGUAAAUUAUUAAGAUUACAAAUUAUUUCUCUUGGUAGAGCCAUGAUAAUCCGAACUACAAAAGAAAUAACCCCUGUCCAGACUCGCAGAUUAUAGUCUUCAUGUAUCUUUUGAGUUUAUAAGAUACAUAUUUAAAUCCCAAAAUAGGUUAGAUGUAAGUUACUUUCAUGUAUUUUGGUCUGGUGGAAUUUAUUUAUUGACCAAAAAAGGCAUAUUCCCUCAAGUUAUACAGCAUCAUAUUUUCGUAUAAAAACUAACCAAUUUCGUCAGCGGUCACCUUCAAACAAGUAUUAAGUACGGAAAUAUCUUGUGAAUGAGAAAUUUUCUUGAAUUUUACUGCUAUAAAAUCGUCAACAAAAUACUCCUAGUCUCGUUUUGCAUAUGCUUAUAAUCAAUUUUCCUCUUCGCUGUUGAUUAAGAAAGUGGAGAUGGUUUCUUUUAUAUACCCUAGAUGUUUGGGAGUGGCGAUCGUUUCCCUCGUCAAAACCAUCAUUUUCUUCUGAUCUGAUCUUCUGUUUGCAUUAAGUUGUUUAGGUCAUAGUGGCUCCAAAAUUUUUGUAUUGAUAAAAAAAUAGAAAUAGAAGAAGAAUAGAGAAAUAUUGUCAAUCGUAUUUUCACUUUGAUUAGUAAGAAACAAAUUUUUAUUCGCCAAAUAAGUAAUUAUAAAAUUGGCAAUGUUAUAAAGAAAGUAUGAAGAGACAGAAUCCUAACCUAACCUAAAAAAUUUUUAAUAAUAUUUAAAAAUCGUUAAAUUCAUUAUAUCUAAUUGUUUUUUUAAAUUGUUCAAAUACGACAUUCUUCGAAAAAAUUUUGAAUCGCAGUUUUCGAAGACAUCCAGGAAUUUAAGGUUUUGGAAUCAGUUUAGAUUCUAUCAAUGCAAUACAUAACGAGACUUGUUACCAGUUUUGCUUGUGAAAGCAUAGUUAAUGUUUCUUGGGACAAAUUAAAAGGCUAAUAACCAACUAUAAGCACGAAUAAAUCACAUAAAAAUGAUUUCAUGAUGCCUAAUGUUCAUGACAUUGUCUUUAAUUGAAAAAUGGAUGAUGCAUGUGUUAUGUAAUUAUAUUAAAGCAAUAUGAUGAGAGUAGAAAACAGUUUUGCUUCUGAAAGCAAAGUCAAUGUUUCUUUAGACGUCGAACAAAAAGAUUUUUUGAUGUUCCUCAAUGAUCACUGAGACAUUGUUAAUGUUAAUUUCAUUUCAAAAAAAGGGAUAAAAUGGAUUGCGCACAUGUUGAUUUAGUUGUAUUCACAGUUUUAUUUAUUAAUUUAAAAUAGUUAUCCACUGAUUUAUGUGAAAUUAGUAACUAUGUGUUUAUUGAAAAGAUUCUCUUACGAAUUAUUUCACUUGAAAUUACCAGAACUUACUUUUGUUCUGACAACUAAUUUUUGUGAUCGCUAAGUUUGUGAUUUAGGUUGACACACAAAACUAAUAUAUUUAUAAUGUAUUCACCAUACAUAACAGUUGUGAAUUAUCAAUUAGUCGAAGAUUAUUAAAAUGGAAAUCAACUAUAAUUUUAUAUGAUUCAUUUCAUAGUUCAAUCCAUUAUAUAAUCUACCCCGUGAUUAAGGCGUUAUUCACCAUGAGAUAAUCCAUAAAUCGAAUAGUUUAAGAACCAGAAAUUAUUUUAUGCCGAUACCUAUGCUUGAAAUAUUAUUAAUACUGUUUAAUUAUGAAUACAUUUUGUAACAGAACAAUCUGAUGUAUAAAGCCACAGUAGAGACAUCUUGAAGAUAUUUUAUAUUCAAAUUUCACUAAAUUGAUCAACAGUACCUAUCACAGGUGUAGCCUUAACCUUUUUAGAUGUUGGUGUUCAUUUUCAGCGUCUUAAUUUUUUCGUAAAAGAUUCAUCAUUAAGUUACAGUUUUGGUAAAAAUAUUUUGCUCUGUAAUAUAUGCCAUAACACACCUAGACGGAAGAAGCCUUUAAAAAUAAUAAAAAGUAAAAAAAAAUAAUAGUAGGAUAAAACCUAUUGGAAAAGGAGGACAAUAUAAUAAAAAUGAAAAAUAAUUUACGGGCAAUCUGAGGUUGGGAAUGUAAAGGGGAUGAGUUUUUGAGCGUAAAAAACGGUUUAUCUUGAUUUCUACCAAAGCUACAAGUUGUAUGGAAAAAAGUCGAUCAGCAAAGUUUUAAGUGAAAAGCUUUUGUAAUCACAUAACCUCAAAAUAUAUAUGAAAAAUUAAAAAAAUCAAGUUUUUCUUUUUUAAUUUUUAUCUUAUACAAAAAACAUUUUUUUUCUCACGAAAUUUUGUGAAAAUUUACCUUUUUUGGUACAAUAUACACUUUAAUUUAUUUGACUUGAAAUAUUUAUAUGCCUUUGUUUACAAUGUUACCUUAGUGACUUCUGUUACUUUUUAUUUUUUUAAAUAAUUUUUUAUUAUAACAUAAAUAACUAUGAAAUUAUUAAAAUGAAUUGAAUCAUCAAUAACUGUUCAGUAUGUUUGCGACGAAUAAUUUCUAACUAUCAAAAAUACUACUUGUUUUCUUCUGAACUCAUAAUUUUAUUACUCAUUCUUGUCUUCAUUUCUCGAUUAGUUAUGUUCUGUUUGCUCUAUUUUAUUAAGUAGAUAAAAAAAGACAUCUGGUCUAUUUUCUAGAAAAAUUAUGGAUAAGUAUUUACUUAAUAGGAUAUUGUAGGAAAUUGGAGCACUGUCAUGGAAUUUCUAAAUACCUAUUUUUAAAACUUCGUAUUUAUUAAAAUACAAAUGCUACUGCUACAUGAAUAAUUUUUAUACCAAUUAAAAGAGGAAGUUUUUUAAAUGAAUUACAAGUGUUCAAUGUGGCCUCCAGCUGCAAACAUCUACGCGGUAGCCAAACUCAUCCCGCACAUGAGCAAGUGUAUCUGCUGUUACUGAGUGCACGGCAGCAGUGAUACGGUUUCGCAGAUCGUUCAGAGUGGUUGGUACAGGCGGGACAAAAAUUAUGGGGUUAACAUAACCCCAUAAGAAAUAGUCACAUGGGAUGAGAUUAAGAGGUCUCGGUGGCCAGAAAUGUAGAAUCAGGUCUUCAUUUCUUCUGCGACCAAUCCAACGCAGAGGAAGGGAGUUAUUUAAAAAGCCUCCAUCCUGUUGAAAAAUGAAGUCUUGAGAAUCUUCCAUAAUUUGGGGCAAUAGCUAUUGUUCCAACUUGUUUAGGUACGUUAUUCCAGUCACAGUUCUUUGCGCAAAAAAAUGGUCCAUAAACCUUUGUACGUGAUAAGGCAUAGAACACGUUAAUCUUCGGCGAGUCUCUUUCGUUUUGCAUUGUUUCAUGUCGAUUUUGCAAACCCCAUAUGCGAACAUUGUGUCUGUUGACAUUUCCACUGAGGUGGAAAGUUGCUUUAUCACCAAAAGUGAUACGCUGUACAAAUGUGUCUUCCUCCAUCAUUUCUAGCACAUUAACGCAAAAUUCGAGACGCGUCUCUUUGUCAUAAGGGUUGAGAGCCUGCACGAGCUCUAAACGGUAGGGCUUGUACAGCAAAUGCCGUCUCCGAACUUUCCAUACAGUUGUUUGGGGUAUUCCAAGUUCUUUACUAGCUCUAGUGGUAGAUAUACUUGAGCUGCGAAUAAAACUGUCUUCUAUCCGUCUGACAUCAUCUUUUGACACACGCGGUCGGCCUGUGCUCUACACAUACUUCCAGUCUCUUUAAAUUGAUUAAAUCAACGAGUAAUGCUUUUUCUAUUUGGUGGUUUAAUACCAAAUUCAGUACCAAAUGCCCGUUGCACUACAAUUUGCGACUCACUUCUUGCGAACUCAAUAACACAGAACAUCUUGUGCUUCACAGUCGCCAUCUCACUCACAACUGGUAGUGACAGAGAAUGGCUGCCUAUUACGGCGAGAACUCUUGCGGUCGCUUCUGGAAACAUCACCGCUGCCUACAGUUGUAAUAUAUUAAAUUUCCAAUAAUUCUAUUUUUUAUGAAAUAAUUCGACAGUAACACAUCGAUGUAUAGUAUAUAACGUCUAAGGAAUAAUAAAAUAAUAUUUCAUUAAAGAAAUUCGAGAAAAUAAGUAGAAUUUUUAUCCAGAAAUGUUUUUCGAUACAUCAAUAUAUUUAGACAAUUGAAAUUUCUCUGUGUGAACAUAUAUUUUUUUAUUUAUCUCCAAUAUCACACUGAAGCUCCAACGACAUUGAAAUUAGAGAGUAUAAACUGCUUUUAUCACUAAUAUUAUCCUAUAUAACAUGAUAGCAACGAGGACAGUGUAAAAUGUGUAUUUUAAAUUAUUUUUAAAAUAUGUUUUAGUUUUUUCUUCACCCAUUCUUUCGUAUGUUGAUCGACUGUUCGAAAACAGUUCUAAGGUAUGUUUUGCAAUUCUUUCUAUCACCUGAAUGCUGCCUUCAUUUACUGGUGAAAAUUCUUUUGUGCAUAUAACAUUGUAUCCAUUUUUGAUUAAUAAUAAAUAUUUUAAUUUAUUAUUUCAAUAUUGAACCUUCAAGAAGUCUGUGCUGUAAUAAAUUAACAAAUUCUAAUAUUUCCACUGUUGAGAGAUUGUAUUAUAUAAACUUAAUAAAUGUAUCGAUGUACGGCUUUUUAGCCAUUAGAUUAGGCAAUCCAGGUGGCCAAAAUACAUUAGUUCUCUUUAGAUAUUAUGUGGAAUCCUUCAAAGACAAUUUGAGAAAACAAAAAUGAAUAGAAAUUUAUUUUGCUACCGUGGAUUUUAGUUUAUUUUGUAUUGUGUGAAGGUGCCUUGGAAAAUCUUAAUUAAGGCAGAUAAUUUUGUAUUAUAGAAUAUAAAUAUUUUUCUAUGUUGUCAAACUGUUCAUAGUUAAUAAAUAAGUGAAUCUAAUGUGAAAAUAUAUUUAUCCUAUGACUGAGUUUUUCGUGUUUUUUCUUUCAAAAUUUUUCUAAUGUUGUUACCCCAAAAAUAUACACAUUUUAUAAUAAAACCAGUUGUCGUAUAA